CCGGGGUACGGCAGGAGGAGCAAAGAUGGCGGGAGGGCGCGUCCGAGAGGCUGCCGGGAUCGCGGAGGACUCGGCGGCAAGAUGGCGUCCGCACGCCCAGGGAGAGGCUCCUGCAAGUUGCUCUCAUCGGUCCCUCUUCAAAUGCUGCUCCAUCUCAGCGGGCUAUACUACGCCCUGUAUUUCCUAGUCACACUUCUGAUGAUCCUGUACAAGAGUCAGGUUUUCAGCUAUCCUCAGAACUGCCUGGUUCUCGAUCUGUCUCUGUUACUUUUCAUGGGGAUUCUGGAAGCAGCUCGGCUAUACCUGGGCACAAAGGGCAACCUGACAGAGGCCGAGGUGCUGCUGGCCACCAGCUUGGCCCUCACAGCAGGCAGCAGCCUCCUCUCUGUCCACUUCAUGCUCUGGCAGACCCUGGUGCUGUGGGUGGACUCAGUGCUUAGUGCUACUCUCCUGGCACUCCACGGUCUGGAGGCUGCCCUGCAGGUAGUAGUGAUUGCUGCGUUGGUCGGGUAGACAUGCCAGUUCAGCCUGAGCCCCUUCAUCGGCAGCCUGUCUGGCCCACAGGGACAGCACCCUUCCUACUGAUCGGCUGGGGGUGAUUUUGGAUGUUUACAAAUCUUUUUUGUCGGGGUAGAGGCAGGAACCAGAGCAGGACAAACUGUUGGGGGCCUGGGUAUUGAGAAUGGCCACUGGGAGAAUCUGGUGAAUCCCAGGGAUGUCCCCUGGGGGCCUUGUGGCUGGGAGCCUGACUUCAGCAACAGGGCCACAACUGACCACCGGGCCCAGCAGGAGGCAAAGACCUUCAGAAAGAAGGCUGCCAGCAGAGCCGUCCAGUGACUUCACCCUGUCACCACCACAGAGAAGCAGCAUCCUGGCGGUUUCCAGAGUCAUCCCCCCAGGGGGAGCUUGCUUGCCCAUCAGUCACCAUGUGUGUUCUCACACAGCAGUUCUUGGCAUCUCGUGGUUCCCGGACUGGUCCCGGAUUCAUGUUCUGAGCCUGCUGUAUGUACUCCGCUACCAGGCCCCAUGUCAGGCCUCCAGUCUAGCUUCUGGACAUAACGGCACACACUAGCUUCAAAAACAAAUGAACCAGUCAUCCAUGUGUGGGGUGUUUUUCACCCUUUCCCCUUGGGAGUUUCUAGGAGGCCCAGGGGAAGAAGUCCAAGAAUGGGAGAAAAGCUUCCAGUCUGAAGUCUGAACCUUACUCUACUAAACUUCAGCAACAUUUGCACUCAACGCUGAAUGAAAUCCAACAAAUCUCUGACUUUUUUUUCUAUUCACAGACUAAAUGUCAGUGCUCCUUAAAAAGUAAGCAGGUUUGCCAGGGGUUGAUGACUUAGGCCUGUGAUCCUAGCUACUUGGGAGGCUGAGAUUGGGAGGAUCUCAGUCUGAGGCCAGAGCAGGCA